UCAAGUAUUAUUAUUAAUAGCAAACUGGCAACAGCAACCAUAGAUUGAGCCAAAUCUCUCACUAGUUCCUAAGAUAAUACGAACUGCCAAUGGUUAAGCUCCAAAAAUGUUAGGUCAUGCUCACAUGUAAAGCGCCCGUGAAGGAAUCCAGUCACCAUUUUGCACCACCUUUUACAGUAAGCAUCAUGUGCCACCAAUACAUUAACAUUAAAUUGUGGCUAUAUAUACAUGCAUACAUGACACUGCACACAUCACCAGCAAAGAUCAUAACACAGUCACAGUCACCAAUGGCCUCGUCCCUUAGAGCUCAUGUUCUUGCUGUUCUUGUACUAGUAUCAGUAGGUGUUGCAAUGGGUAGGCCAAUGAGAAGCAAUUUGGGUCUGGGUUUAGGCCUUAGUGCUAAUGGUGGCUUGGGCAUAGGACUUGAUCUUGGGCUAGGUGGAUCCGGUUCAGCCUCUAAUUCAGGUGAGGGGUCAGGUUAUAGUGCCUGGUCUGGUCAAAAUGGCGGUUCUCAUACUGCAUAUGGUAGUGGUUCGGGCACAGGCAAUGGGUUCGGGUAUGGCUCUAGCUCUAGUAACGGGGGAUCGGCUUCUGGUUGUGGUUCGGGUACAUCAUCUUGUCCAGGUUCGAGUUCUGGCUCAGGAUCUGUAGGGUUGGGCACAUCGAUAAAUGCUGGUGUUGGUGUCGGCUCAAAUGGUGGGACGAAAGGUGGUUCCGACUGUAACACGGGUACCGGAUCAAGCCAAGGUUCUAGAAUUGGCUCGGGCUAUGGGUCUGGGUCAAGUCAAGGUUCACGUGGCCAUCAGUCUUAUGGUGUUGUCUCGGGUUCGGGUGUAUCAUCUGGGAUCGGUAGUGGGUCCGGUAACAUUGGGAAAAAUGGUGCGUGCUCAUCUUGUGGUUCUGGCUCCGAUGUUGUGGAUGGUUCCUCGUCGAAUUCGAAUUCGGGUUCUGCUUCAAGCUCCAACUCCAUUGGAGGGUCAGGGUCAAAUGCCGGUUCCUACUCAAAUUCCGGAGCUGGUUCUGGGUCAAGCAUAGGCUCGGGAUUUGAUGCAUCCGGCUCCGGUUCAGUUUCCAUGUCUGGGUCAAGUUCAAGUUCAUCUGCUGGCUCAUCAGGUGCAGGUGCAUUCGGUGCCUCAGGAAGUGGCUCGAGUUCUAACUCCGGCUCAAUGUCUGGUGCAAACUCGGGCACCGAUGCAAUCGGUGCAUCAAGCAGUGGAUCAAACUCCAUGUCCGGUUCAGGGUCAAGCUCAAGCUCCAACUCCGGCACCGUGUCGGGUGCCAAUUCAGGUGCUGAUUCAAGCUCUGAUGCAUUUGGUGCCUCGGGAAGUGGAUCAAACUCCAUGUCGGGUUCAGGGUCAAGCUCAAACUCCAACUCUGCAUCCGGCUCAAGCUCAGGAUCUACCGGGUCUAAUUCUGGCGCGAGUGCUUGGUCCGGCUCGGGCUCAAACUCGGGCACUCUCUCCGGAGCUGGAUCGUCCAGUUGGUCCACCUCUACAUCUGGGUCAAACUCAGGCUCAUGGUUCGGGCCUGGACAAGGGCUUGGUCCUGGGACACGGCCGGGCUCCGGUACGGGCGUUGGAGGAGCGUUUGGAUCGGGUUACGGGUUCGGGGGUGGGUCUGGUAACGGACAUGCCGGUUGGGGCAAGCACCAUUAAGACACCGGUUAUUGUCUUAAAAGGAGACACUGCUCUUAGUUGAGCCAAAAUUUCCCCUUUCCAAGUUGUGUUUAUGUAAACAUGCGCGCACCAGCAGUUCUUAUUUUUUAAUA